AUGUCGCCCAUCACGCCCACUUUGCCUCCCGCGCAGCUCUCCUCUAGCGAUGCAGCAGACAAAGGCAGCAGAACUGUCACCGCCGUGCCCGUGCCCGUGCCGCCUACCGCCGCCGCGGCGCAACAACAGCCCGCGCGCUCGACCCUGUCGCACUCGCAGCAGUCUGAUCAAGUCGGCCUGCCGCCGCCACCCUCGAAGCCCAUCGAGUUCGAGUCCAACCCCGACGUCAUCGCCCUCAAGUCGGCCAUCGCCGUGCUGCAGAUGCAGAGGAUGCGCGCGACGGCCGACAUCCAGGCCCUCAGCCAGAUCAAGAACGAGGCCGUGGAGCACCCGGACGAGUUCGCCCGAGACUUGGCCAUGGGGAAAGUCGGCCGGGGAGCGCAACCUGACGACGAGACGACCCGCGCAUGGGUCGCGCAACCGAUACCAAAGGCCCAGGAUGUGGUCCGCUGCCCGCCCAUCAACUGGUCGCAGUACGCAGUCGUGGGUGAAUCCCUCGACAAGUUACACGCCGAACAAGUGAGCCGGCCUACGCAGGGCACGCCGGCGACUAUUGGCGCUGGAGGCGUGUAUCAGUUCAAGGGUGGCGAUGGCAAGCAAGAAGAAUAUCCUGGCGUGGCAGCUCCGUAUGCGCCGCUCAAGGACAAGAUUGAAAAGAAGACGAAGAGUAGGAAAUGA